AUGGCCUCACAGCGCACAAUCGUCCGUGACCUGCACGCGACCGACGGCUCUCAAGUCAGCAUCACCCUGCAACUCGACGACGAUGCCGCCAAACCACCCCAACUCAUCAACAUCUCCAAGCCAGCCUCCGCCCCAGCAUCGCAGCGCGAAACCCACGUCGUCAUCUCAGUAGGAUCAGGCGCCCGCCAGGCAGACUCCUUCUUUCAAAACGUCGUCAAACCCAUCCUCGUUGCCCUCCAUGGCGAAACCAAAGGCUUGACAAUCCACACCACCACCUCGGCAACCAGCAUCUCCGAAUACACCAGCACCAUCUUCUUCCCCGCCGCAAACAACGGUACACCCCUGCGCAUCAUCCUGCUCUCUGGCGACGGCGGCAUCGUCGAUCUCGUCAAUGGGCUCGUGUCGCACGCCCAAAGCAACGCAUACAUUGCCCCGCAAGUCGUGUUGAUGCCCCUCGGAACCGCAAAUGCCCUGUACCACUCCGUCAACGCCGGCAAGCCGCCCACGUGGGGCAUCGAUGGCCUCGCGUGCACCACGUCCAAGCCUCUCCCCCUCUUCACAGCCACAUUUUCGCCAGGCGCGCGCCUGCUCGUCGACGAAGCCCGCGCCGAAGAAGCUUUGCCGCGCGACCAAAACGGCAACGCGGUGCUGCAUGGCGCUGUCGUGGCGAGCUGGGGCAUGCACGCAUCGCUCGUCGGCGACAGCGACACGGCGCAUUACCGCCAGUUUGGCGUCGAGCGCUUUCAAAUGGCUGCAAAAGAAGCCUUGUAUCCUGCCGACGGCGCUGCGCCACACGCAUACAAGGCGAGCGUUGGGCUGCUGCAAAACGGCCAAUGGACACGGCUCCCCAGCAACGAGCACAUGUACGUCCUGGCCACGCUCGUGUCCAACCUCGAACAACCCUUUUGCAUCUCGCCAGACAGCAAGCCGCUCGAUGGCAGUAUGCAUCUGGUCCACUUCGGCCCGACGAGUGGAGACAAUGUCAUGCGCAUCAUGGGCCUAGCGUACCAGGGGGGCGCCCAUGUGCACGACAAGGACGUCCGGUACGAGGAUAUUGAUGGGCUCAGGAUACAAUUUCAGGCCUUGGAGCAAGACGCCCGGUGGCGGCGCAUCUGCAUCGACGGCAAGAUUGUCAGGGUCGAAGCAGAUGGAUGGGUAGAGGUUACAAAGGACUACAGACACGUCCUAAAUGUUGUUGCUUAA